GUCUUAAAAUCAGAAGACCCGAAUUGUAGAAAGCCAGUUACGCCGAGGAGACGAAAAUAAGGCAGCAACGAUGCAUUCCUUUGGAUACAGAGCCAAUGCUCUGUUAACACUGGCAAUCACCAUACUUGCUUUUAUGUGUGGCAUCGCUUCUCUCUCUGACAAUUUCAAUUCUCCGGCUCCUACUGCUCAAGUUCAAGUUUUGAAUAUUAAUUGGUUCCAGAAGAAACCUGAUGGUGACGACGAGAUCAGUUUGACCUUAAACAUAUCAGCAGAUUUACAAUCAUUGUUCACGUGGAAUACUAAGCAGGUAUUUGUAUUUUUGGCAGCUGAGUAUGAAACUCCAAAGAAUGCUCUAAAUCAGAUAUCUCUGUGGGAUGGUAUUAUCCCCAGUAAGGAGCAUGCAAAAUUUUUGAUUCACACCACAAACAAGUAUCGCUUCGUUGAUCAGGGAAGCAACCUCCGUGGUAAAGAUUUUAAUCUAACGCUUCAUUGGCACGUUAUGCCAAAGACCGGAAAAAUGUCUGCAAACAAACUUGUGAUGACUGGUUACCGCUUGCCAGAGACAUACAGAUGAUGGAAGUUUUUUCUUUGUGCAAUUUAUCUGUAACUUUAGCCUCCACUGACAGAAAGGGAAAAAGGUGCUUAAACGAGAUGAAUUGGAUAAUUUUGUAGCGGAUAAUGUCACAGAGCUAUUUAUUGGCUUCAAAUUCAUUCACAUAUUGGAACUCUAGACCUUUAAUA